ACAUGUUGUUAUGCUCCCAAUCCUCCGAGAUGUCGAAAUACAUACCCCUCCCACCAAGACUAUUCAUGUGGACUAGAGACAAAGGCCCAGGGAAGCACUGAGGACUUCAGUCCUGUAAGCUGGUGCGAGAUGCAGCCUGUCCCAGCUCUUCUGCCUGCCCUCCUGCUGCUGCCCCUGGUGCUCCCAGGACAGCCUCAGAUGGUGAGAAAUGUUUCAAGAUCUGUUGAUAAGGGUGAAACAUGCCGUUGUGUGUUUCACUUGCCCAAAUCCAUUCUGCUGCAGCAGCUAGAACCGCUACAAAGUACAACACAAGAGCUCAUUAACAAGUGUGAGCAGGCGCUGUCCAGGGUCAGUGAAUAUGCACCUGCCAUCGACGGCCAAGAAAAUCAGGUCCUGGAAAUGAGCUACACACUGAAGUCCAAGAAUCCCAGUGCCUUCACUCUCCCCUCUGAGGCCCCAUCCUUCAACAAGCUGCAGCUGGAGCUGCAGAGGGUGCAGAAGUCAGUGACCCAGCUUAAAGUCAAUGGAGAAGUUAGUGGGGCUGGGGAUCUCCUCCACCAACUCCAGGGUCAGGUGAACAACGCCAGUCUCAUGCUCAGACUUCUCGUUGACACUGACCAGAGCAACAAUCGUGCUCUCCAACAGCAGGUGGAUGUCCUUGAGGCCCAGAUAAGUAAGUGUGAAAGGGAAAGAGGGCGAGAUGAGGCCUCCAGACAGCCUGGACCAUCUUUGCCCCCUGGUUCUUGCACUGGUGGAAUCCUCCAGAAAGUCAGCAGACCCUUUGUGGUACAGCUCAAUUGGAGAGGAUUCUCAUACAAAGCAGGUGCUUGGGGCCGAGACUCAGCAUCAAAUCUGACCUCUUCCCUUUACUGGGUGGCCCCUUUGCGUGCAAAUGGCAGGUACUUUGACUACUAUCAGCUGUACAAGUCCUAUGAUGACCUGGUGCUGCUGAAGAACUAUGAGGAGCAGAAGAUGGGCUAUGGGAAUGGCAAUGGAAAUACUGUAUACAAGAACUUCAUGUACUUUAACUACUAUGGCUCAAAUGAGAUGGCCAAGGUGGAUCUUGCCUCCAACACCCUAGUUUUGCGGCACCCAUUGUCUGGUGCCACCUAUAAUAACCGCUUCUCUUAUGCUGGUGUGCCCUGGAAGGACUUAGAUUUUGCUGGUGGAAAGGGGCUGUGGGUGCUCUAUGCCACUGAGGGAAGCAAGGGCAACCUGGUUGUAAGUCGUCUCAAUGCCAGUACCCUAGAAGUGGAGAAAACUUGGCAGACCAGCCAGUACAAGCCAGCCCUGUCAGGGGCCUUCGUGGCCUGUGGGGUGCUUUACACCUUACGCUCACUGAGCACCCGCUAAGAGGAGAUCUUCUAUGCUUUUGAUACCACCACUGGUCAGGAACAGAACCUCAGCAUCAUACUGGACAAGAUGCUUGAAACACUGCAUGGCAUCAAUUACUGUCCCUUGGACUGAAAGCUUUAUGUUUUCAGUGAUGGUUACCUUAUUAAUUAUGACCUCACCUUCCUGAAAUGCAAGCUACUAAGCCCACUAGCCAAAAGACCCUCUGGGACUUGUGCUCCACCAAAACUUGUCAAGCCCUAUAUACCUUCCAUACCCUGACAUCCCAGGGUUGGGUAGGGCAUUGGUAGAUGUGGGUCUUCUUUC